GCCCAUGACGCCGCAGCGCGGCCAGCGCAUCGGCGAGUCGCGGCUGCCGGCGCCGCAGUGGGGCCAACCCCACGAGCAGAACGUGCAGGGCCUGCCGGCGGCGGAGCUGGCCCAGCAGAGCACGUCGAAGGUCCCGCCGUUCUGGGCGCCGUACCUUGAGCAGCGCGGGUACCCCUUCAGGCUGUGGGUCCAGGACGUGAUGCUGUGGUGCGCGGCGACGGAGCUGCAGCAGCACCAGCGCGGCCCGGCGAUCGUCCAGCGGCUCGGCGGCACGGCGAGGGACCUCUGCCGCGAAGUGCCGGUCGAGGCCAUUGCGCACGGCAGGUUCGACCAGCUGGGCAACCUGGUCGAGGACGGAGUGCAGAUGCUGAUCACUGGGCUCCGGCGGCGCUUUGGCCCGCUCGACGUCCAGUCGUCGAUCAGCACCAUCGUCGAACUGCUCACCUUCCGCAGGCAGGAGCGGGAGAGCGUCGACGACGCGAUCACGCGCUUCGAGGCGCUGCGCGCCCGAGUGGCGCAGCUGGACGACCCGUUCGUGCUGCCGACGCCGGUGCUCGCACUGCUGUUUCUGGAGGCCCUGCAUGUGCCCAAGGCUGUGUACCCCUUGGUGCUGCAGGCCAACAGCGGCCAGCUGCCACUGACGCUCGAUCAGCUGAACAGCGUGAUCGGGAUGGUGCGGCAGCAGGGCCACUUCGCAGAGCACACCCACGCGGGACCUCAGAACUUGGCUGAAGGGUACCGCGGCAAAGGAUAUCAUGGUCAUCAUUGGUUUACGGGCGAGAGCGACAGCGGCGCAAACACCUGGAACGACACGGCCGCUUAUAUGUAUAGUCAGAACGCAGCCGGCGCGGCAGGGAGCGCUGGAUCUACGUCCCAGCACUACGUGGUCCAGGACGACGAGGGCUACGACUGCUGCGCCGUCUGCUCGAGCUACCUGUACGAGGACGAGCCCGGGGACGAGGACUCGAUGACCGACGACGACGACUUGGACAUUUCCCAGUUCACUCAGGAGGAGCUGCAGGAGUAUUAUGGCGACUCCGAGGGCUGGGACUACGACACCCUGCUACAUGAGUACCUGUUCGCGAAGCGCAGGUUUCGCCACUUCGUCCAACGGAACAGCCGCCGCUCUCGCUUCCCGCGCAGCAACUGGUCCCUCCGCAUGAGCAGCGGCAAGGGCGGCAGCAGCUUUGGACGCGGGCGAGGCCGCGGCAAGGGAUACCACUUCGGCGGAUCGGUGGUGAACCCAGGCUCGCUGGCGGGAGGAAAAGGCAAGAAGAAGAAGGGCGGCAAGCACUACAUGGCAGGCACGCCCGGCGCCACCAAUCCCCGAGGCAGGGACGGCCGCACCAUGCGGUGUCACGAGUGCGACUCGGAGACCCACCUCGUGGCCGCCUGCCCCAAGCGCAAGGGCAAGGGCAAGGGCAAGCACUUCAUGUCCUGGAACGCUGGCAGCGCCGCGACGGGGACGCAGCAGGCCGGGGCUCCCGCCGCCGACCCAACGUUGGCCGCCUAUGCGCCCGUGCCCACGCAGCCGCGGACUGGAGCCUUGUCUGGAGUGCUGCAUUGGUUCACUGAGGACGCCCGGACGCCUGGCCUGCAGAUCGACGACCUUGACGAGGACACCUUCCGCGAGGCUCUGAGCUGGGAGACCCUCGACAUGCGCGACAACGUCGCGGAGCACGACAUACUGACGGAGAUCCAGGCCAGCAUGCAGGACCGAGCUGUGGAGGAGCAGCCUCCGGUGACAGCUGGGCGAUCAGCGGCCGUGACCAGCCCAACAUGGUUCCCAUGGUGGCGAGUGGAUCAGUUCGAGAACGCUGGCGGGGAGACCUACUUGGUUCGCACCCGCAUGAAGGACAGGAGCGGCGAGGCCCUGCUGGUGGACCCCGGGAGCCCAGGCAACCUUACUGGCGACGAGUGGGGCAACAGGAUGGCAGCGCGACAGCAGCAGGCAGGACGUCCACCGCCUGUUCGCACCCCACUUGACCGGGUGCUUGAGGUUGGUGGUGUGGGCUCAGGAUCUCAGCAGGCCACGCACGCCCAUCGCUAUCAACUGGCGCUGCAGGGAGGGCAAGCCGCGACCUACGAGGCGCCGGUGCUCCCGAACAGCAGCGUGCCGGCACUGCUCGGGCGAGCAUCGCUGCGGGACCAGCGCAUCCUGCUCGACUGCUUCAACAAUCGGAUGUACCGCAUCGGCCCGGGCGGCUACUCCCUGCAGCUGAGUCCAGACGGGAACAUCGGGGAGUUCGGGACCCACGAGGACGAUGGCAUUGGCGACUUCGACGACAUCCGGUCCGACGUCCUUGCCCGCAGCGACCGCACCGACUCCCGCAUCUACCAGGACGGCGAGCAAGAAGACCACCACUGCGACGCCAACCGGCAGCGGGAAGUACAGGGGAGACCGCCAUCGGCAUGGGUGUUCGGCGACUUGCAGAACCUGUGCCAGAAUGCGCUGCACGGAUGCGGAUAUGCGGUGGGUCGCAACUGUGAUGUUCACAGAUUCCUCGGGCAGGAGGAUAAGUGGGCGGAUUCCCUGCGCCACCAGCAGCCGGAGCUCGUUUGGAUCAGCCUGGCUCAGCCGGGCACGUCGCGAGGCACCCGCAACGACAAGCGAGCCAAGCGUUUCGAGUGCAAGAUCGCUCGAGCUCAACUUGAAGGGCAUCGCUGCUGCAUCGUCGAGGCGGACGAGGGCAGCGCGGUGUGGGACAUGCCCGACAUCCUGGAACUGCUGGACGACAGGAGGUGGCACGCAGGUGAGCGACGUCGACCUGGCCGAGUAUCAUUCGCGGACGACGUCGACGAGACCGGCUGCAAGGUGAGCGCGCUGACCGCGAGUUUUCCCACCGAGCAGAGGACGCGCGACAAGGCGCGCAAGGCAGCAGACCCGGAGCGCAAGGUGAAGAAGAGGCCACAGACAGUGGAGCAGGUCUUCGACGAUUGCGGCUCCGAUUUCACGAAACUCUACGUGGCGAACGAGUACGAGCUGGACGAGGUGUGCUACGGCACCGAGCUCAGGGAGGACCAGUACAUCGACGAGCAGCCGUACAUCAUGAUGUCCGAGUUCUUUGGCAUGAUCGGCUCGGAGGCGCACCUGAACGAGAAAGACGAGCAGCAGAACUUCUUCAGCUCAGUCAAGGAUAUGGACACAUACAUGAACCUCUACUACGGCCACCUGCAGCACGACGACGUCGCGGAGUUGUGCGGUGGCGCAUCUGGAACAACCCGGUUACUCGUGCGACGAGGAUAUCGGGGCGGUCCCAACUUCGACCUCAUUUGCGACUGCAACUUGAUGACGCACGAGGGCCAGAGGCAGUUUUGGGAAUAUCUGUAUCAUCGCAAGCCUCUUGUCUUACUUAUUAGCACGCCCUGCACGAGCUUGAAAGGGUUUUCGGCGCUCAACAGGGUCAUCAACUACGACGGUUGGCUCCGCAGUCGCAAGACAUCAGUGGGGCUGGCCCGCAUCGCCGCUGCAGCGGCGUGCACUCAGAUGGACGCCGGCCGCCACUUUGCUUCGGAGCAGCCGCUGGGCAGCGACUUCUACAAGCUCGACGACUGGCAAUACAUCGCCAACAACUACGCGGUGGUGUGGUGCCAAGUCGACCAGUGCAUGGCCGGCAAGAUCGGGCGGCGAACGGGACUCCCGAUCAAGAAGUCCUCUGAGUUCUGGGCUUCGGACGAGCGCCUGAUCGCCGGACUCAGGAAGUUUCGCUGCGACGGCCAGCACGAUCACGCUUUGCUGGCCCAUGGUGGCCGAGGACCCCAUCCAGAGCGUGACAAGUGGCGACUAGAGAACCCCAAGGAUCACGCGGAGUGGGCGAUUGGCAUCUGCCGGGAGCUGGCAGCGAGCAUUUCCCAGAUGGUGGAGCGCGUGAGGUAUCAGGGACACCACCUCGUUGUGUACGAGUGCUACCCCACGGCGGAGCCGGACGAGGCAUCAGGUGGCGCCUCGGGAUCGGCGGACGCCAUCGGCGAGGCACCCGUCGCGGAGCAGCCGGCUGCGGCCCCAGCCGCACGAGCCCGAGGCGUGGAUGCGGGGACGCAGGCUCGAGGCAGUGACGAGCCAGGCUGGACCGCGUUUGACCUCGGGCACGCGCUUCGACUGCUGCACAGCCCACACCAGGAAGUCGUUCGGCGCCAGCUUCGACGACUUCAUGUUCGAUUUUGGCACGCUCCAGCAGCUCGCCUCAGAGAGCUGCUGACCAAGGCCGGCGCUCCUGCAUCUACGCUGGCCCUGGUGAAGGAGAUCUGCGACACGUGCCGGGUGUGCAGGCUGUGGACGAGACCGGGGCCGAAGAGCAUGACGAUCUCUCGGCUCGCGACGGGCUUCAACGAGAUGGUGCAGUGGGACAUCCUCUACAUCGGCGAACAGAUGGUGGCCCACAUGAUCGAUGAGGCGACACGCUGGACAGUGCUUCACAUUCUGGACCGCAAGACAGCGAUCAUGAUUAUCGCCGGCAUCACCCAGGGAUGGCUACGACCUCAUGGCCCCAUGAAGCUGCUGAUUGCCGACAUCGAGGGCGGCCUCCAUGGCGAGGAGGCGUACCAGUGGCUGGACCGCUGGGGCAUCGAGAUGAAGGCCAAAGAGGAGGGCUCGCACGCGCAGCUGGUGGAACGCCAUCACGACUUGGUGCGCAAGAUCAUACACCGUGUGCAGGCCCAGCUUGCGGAAGAAGGCAUUGUGAUGCCGUUGGAGAUCGUGAUUAUGGAGUGUGCCCUCAUCAAGAACCUCCUCAUCACCGUGGCUGGCUACAGCCCCUACCAGGCGGUGUACGGCCGGCUUCCGCCCCUGCUCGCCGAGUUCGAGCCGGUGAGCGACUGCCAGAUUGACGACCAGUCGGCUGGCAUCCCAGGGAUCUCCCGACACCAUCAUCGGCUACGCGAAGUUGCAAUGCAAGCCAUGGUGGAGAUGACCGCGAAGGACAGGCUGAGGCGCGCGCUUCGAUCCAAGACGCGCGCCCCGCACGAGGCGCUGCAGCUGGUGGUCGGCGACCAGGUUGACUUUCACCGACCGCCGAGCACGAAGGAGGAGUCGGGGUGGCGCGGCCCAGCGACCUUGCUGCAGGUCGGACCUCCAGUGCUCAUUCGAUGGCAGGGACGAGUGUUUCAAGUACGACCUCAGGACCUUCGGCGAAGCCUCGUGUACUUCGUGAUGUUCACGAAUAACAUCUUCUUCGAGGCAGGAUCGCGCGACCCGGUGGCCACCAUCAUGAGCUACGCGGACCAGCUGGACAGCAAGGUCGUGCGCGUCGGGUGGCUCUUUGACGCCGGGUGGAAGCGGACCGCGGACAGCCAGAAGCUCAGCGAGUUGGUCCUGGCGGUGUUGCAUGUUGCCGCCAGUGGCUUCUAUCUGGUGGGCUGCAUCGGCGCUCGAGUGGGCAAUGGCGUGUCCGUGCUCGAAGGAAUGGUCGGAUGCGACCACAGCUUCCUAUGGUGGUGGCGGCGCGGACGCCCAGAGCUGUCCUGGUACCACGAGGCGUCGGGUUCUGCUCGAUUGAAGUUGGCUCCGAUAUUUGGCAAGGAACACUGGCGGGACGUUAGCUUCGUGCAGUUCAUCAUGACGGCGGGGGUGCUCGAGAGAGAUCGCGCUCACGUGAUGGCCCGGAUCGUGAUCAUGGAGCCCGAGGUUCAGGAGUACUCGUUCGCGAGCUGGCAGCACAUGAGGGAGCAGGCCGCCCUGCCUGCUGUUGACACCGAGUGCGCUCAGAGCGACUUCUUCUUCGCAGCCCCGGACGCAGAUCACGUGGCGGAGGCAGUAGAGGAUGAUUCUUCGAAUUCCCGACCCGACUGCGUCGAGAUCGGCAUAGGUGCGCCGCUCAUGUACUGGGUGUACCCUGAGGUGGAGCACACACGACGCCCUGGAGCAGGUGAGAUCUACGUCCUGCGCGUCUACAACACGGGCAAGCGCGAGAUCGUCGUCGAGCGCGAGAUGAACGUGCUCACGCUGGAAGAGGCCCGAGCUCACGAAGUCGAAGUACGUCAGGCCAUGAAGGACGAGCUCCAGCGCUGGGCAGAGUUGAAGGCAUUCCAGCGCUUCCCGAAGGACCAGGCGACCAACAUCAUCGACUCGCGCUGGGUGCUCAAGUGGAAGGAGAUCGACGGCAAGAAGCAGGUGCGCGCGAGGCUCACGGUGAGAGGCUUCAAGGAUAUGCAGUCACCUGAGCUGUCCACCUUUGCGGGUACUACGACACGAUGGGGCCAACGACUGGUGAACCAGGUGACGGCACAGCGCAAGUGGCGGUUAUUCUCAGCGGACAUCAGCCAGGCGUUCUUGCGCGGCCUCACCUUCGAGCAGGUCGCCGCCAUGGACGGCGAGGUGAAGCGGAAGGUACAGUUCACGAUGCCGCCAGGAUCGAUUCCAGUCCUCCGGCAGCUGGAGGGCUACGAGGACUACAACCCUGUGACAGAGGUGUUGUUGCUCCUGCGCUGCGGUUUCGGCCUGAAGGACGCGCCGAGGCUGUGGCAGGUUAUGUUGAAGCAAGUGCUGGAGAAGACAGGGGGCAAGGCGCUCAUCAGCGACCCGCAGAUCUACGUGUACCACGACGCUAAGGGCGAGUUGCAGAUGAUCAUGUCCUCGCACGUGGACGACCUGAAGGGCGGCGGCGAGGACCACCUGCGGGAAAAAGUGCUGAGCAUGAUAGAGAGCGAGUUUGGGAAGUUGAAGCGCCAGUACGACUGCUUUGAGUGCAUCGGCAUCAUGCACGAGCAGGACCCUGUGACCAAGGCCAUCUGGACGCAUCAGCAGCACUACGUUCAGCAGCUGCGACCGCUCCAGGAGGACCAGUACGUGAUGGAGAACGAAGAUGGCCAGGUGAGCGUGGAGAGCCACGCGGCGUACAUGUCGCUGCUCGGAGGAAUUGCAUGGAUGACGCAGACGAUGGCGCCCAUUGCAGUGUAUGUCAGCUACCUCCAGCGGCAGGCCAAGAAGCCGGCGGUCGGAGACAUCCGGAAGAUCAACCGGCUGCUGAAGUGGAUCAUGGUGAACGCGAAGCAGCUCGGAGUUCGGUUCAUCGAGUUGGACAUGACCCGAGUGCGGCUGGCCGUCGUCAGCGACUCAGCCUUCCACGCCAUGGAGUUCGAAGGCUUGGCGAUCCGAGGCUGUGUGAUCAUGUUGCUGGAGGCUGACGACGAGGUGCUUCAAACUGGAACGACGUACAGGAUCGUGAUGCUUGACUGGUACAGUCGAAAGCAGAACAACGUGGUCAGGUCCACCUACGCCGCGGAGCUCAUGGCGUUGUUGGACGCGCUCGGGACCGGCACUCUCAUGAAUGUGGCGAUGACCGAGAUCAGUGAAGGAGUAUGCACGGCGAACCAGAUGCGAGUGCGGCAGGAGGCUGGCGACCUGGUGUUGAAGAUGAUUGCUGCCAUUGACGCGAAGGCAGUGUUCGACGCCAUCUCCGCCGACACCAUCAAGGUCACCACGGACAAGCGGAUGUUCGUGCCGACGCUCGCAGCACGUGAGCAGAUAGACCGCCUGCAGCUGGCGCAGCUCAGCUGGAUCGACACCUUGGACAUGCUGGCGGACGGGCUGACGAAAGGCGAGCUCGACCGGACAGCACUCGUGAAGUUGGGCUUCAGCAACGAGUGGCACUUGAGCGGGCUGCAGCCGGUUGCCUUCUCUGUGCGCAGUGUGCCGUAG